UUUUGGUGGCAGAUUAGGGCACAGAUUAAUUCAUCUGCACAGAAACUCCGCCAACUAUAAAAGCACGAAAGAGUCGGAGCAGGUCAGGGGGCCCGCACAGCCAUUUUUGAAGCAGAAAGUCAAAAGGCAGAUAAAAUUCAUUACAGUACCUGGUAAUUCCUUGAUGUUCCCAUUGCUGGUGGUAAGGGCAAAAAGAGAGGAAACCUAGGACGCCAUUUAAAGCCCUUUAAGGAAUUUUGCCAGCUUUUGAUACGCGGGGUAAGAAGAAUUCAACGCCAGUCAUUCUGGACAGUGUAAAGCUUCUAGAUGGCGCGUAAUGAAUGUCCAACUGAUCCAAUUUUCAAAGCUGAAUGGUGGCAGUCAAAAGCACAUCAGAUUUCGAAGAUAGCCGCCCAUUGCAGCGGCUCCGUGGAAAGCGAGACGACGACCUCCACUCCACAGCCCAAGAGUCCCGUUUUAAAUGAUUAAAUAUUCUCCAGGAACAAAGACUUUCAAUUGUGACGGAAUUCUGUGCAAAAAGCUCUCGCCUUUGGUAUACAUAUUUGCUGCUUUAUCGGCCAUGAAGUCGCAGCAAAUGAUUUGCGUGAUUUCUCCUCAGGAAUUGGAUAGAAAAUGCCACAAGAGCUCUCACCGCCCCUGUCCGCGCUCCUCACCAUGAGCUUAGAGAGUACAAAUACUUCUUCGGCGCCUUCUUCUUCUUCGUCUUCUUCUUUUUCUACGUUUUCUUCAAUGAAAUUGUCUGCAGGGAACAAGAGUUCGAACCCCGUGGUGGCCAUUAAGGGGGUGGCGGGCAGCUCCAAGGCGGAGGAAUGGAACGACAACAUGCUUCAGACGGGGGACGUGGUGGAGGAAUUGAAGAUCGGAAGCUAUGCUACGCUUACGGCUCCGUUUAAGGGCGGCAAGAGUGGCCUUCAGAAGGAGCUGCAUAAGUUUUAUAGAAGGAAUGAUACGCUGGUUUUGGUUCGAGUCCGGCGGGGCCGCGGCGUCAUAGCGGAGCUCCAGGCGUGUAUUACGGCGGACGAAGGGGCAAAGAAGCAGUAUACGCUCAGAGCCCUCAGCGACCCCAAUUAUGUCGUAGGGUUUGUCGAUUCUACCGAAGAAGAAUGCCGAACACUACAAGCGUCUAGAGAUGCAAGGGUGGAAUCUGCUCUGAGCAAUGCACAGUUGAAAGACGGAUAUGUGGCGUACCCGUGGGAGAAGAAAAUGCAGAAGUUUUUGAUGGUUCCAAAGUCUGGAUGCUUCUUCUCAAUUUUGAUUGUUCCACAUAACUCUGAUCGAGGCCUUCAGCAGUACAAUGACUUGGAGGAUACCUUGGCGAGAGCAUAUACCUGGCUCACUGCUUCUCAAGCCUCCGGUGUGCCCAUCGUUUUCAUGAAUAUUCAAACAGAACCCUUACUUACCAAGAUAUCAGGCGAAAAGGCGUCAAAUACAGUGAAUGCUGGCUCCCUCUCAGACCUCUCAAGCAUAGCAAAUACAGGCCUAUAUGGCUUUGAGGACUACCACGGUGUGGACAUAGGCGUUGUGAGGGCAGUCCGUUUAUGGUAUUCCGCCGCAUCAGGGGAGCUCCCGGUACAACUCAAAGUAAAAGAAGGAGACACCAGGCUUGGCUUCGCCAUUAGCAGAACAGAUGAGGGAUUCUUCUAUGUUUCAUCUGUGAUGGAUGAGGAAGGAACCGUAACAGUGGCAUCUCGAGCUGGGCUGAUUGACCUCUAUAAUGAUGCACGCGAUGCUGGCAAGUUGCUGAUCAUAUCCAGAAUCUCCAAUGAGAAGAUCGUGCCCUGGAUGGUGUCUUCAGCAGGGGCCAUCAGGUGCUUUGACUCCAUUUCCCUGAGCCAGAAAUUAUCCCUCCACCGCCAUGCAGUCCGCCCCAUUCUCAUCCAUUUUAUGCUCUGGGAUGAAACCCUCCUCAGUAUCCCAACCUCAGAUGAUCAUCAAGCUGAAGCUCCCUUACCAAUUCCCAUGAGUUCGGAGAUAACAGUUUUGGUUCCCUCAGCAGCAGAAGCCUCAGCUAUUCCCAAUGAAAGUAAUUCUGCAGACAUGAGAGCGCUGAGCAGAGAUACAGCAGGGGAAUUUUCUUUUCGAAACCAGCCCUCCAUGUCACAGGGGAACAGCUGGUUGUAAUGUAAUAUUUAUAUUUCAGUCUUUUGAAAACAAAUUCAGUGUAAAAUGUAAAGACAUGUGGUAAUGAAUUCCUUUGAUGGGGUUUAUGGAUUGGUGAUAUUAUUAAUAUAGACAAAUUCUCUAAAUUUAUCUACA